UGACAUCAUAUUGACAAUUGUGAAUAUUGACAUUGGGCUCAAAGAGCAUAUAAUCACUACGUCUUUCGGCUAUCGCCAUGUAUUUGUGUUGAAUGCCGAUCAACUUGUUCCCGUAAAGACAAGAUCUUUGGUUUCUGAUUAGUUACUUUUACUUAGAUACUGAAGGGAAUAAACAUGUUCCGUAUAAUGAAGGUUCCCGAGAAUGCGUUGUUGCCCGCUAUAAAAUACUCCAGGGGCCUGUCUGUGACACUCCAAGAGCCAGAGAAGCCGUCAGUCAAAACAUCGGUGCCGGGGCCCAAAUCACAGUUGUUGUUUACUGAACUUAACAGUAUACAGCAAGCUCAAUCUGUGCAGCUAUUUGGCGACUAUGAUAAGUGCGCUGGCAAUUACUUCGUGGACGUGGACGGGAACGAGUUUCUGGACGUCUUUACCCAAAUAUCGUCGGUCCCAAUAGGAUACAACCACCCUGCGUUGCUGAGAGCAUUUGAAGAUAAACAUGCCCUUAAAUCUCUUAUCAAUCGGCCAGCGCUCUUAGUGUUUCCACCGGCCGACUGGCCAUCGAAGCUGAAGCGUGUGUUGCUCGCUUUUGCGCCGCGCUGCAUGAGCCACGUGUACACGAUGAUGUGUGGCGCCUGUUCUCUCGAGAACGCGUACAAGUGCGCGUUCUUCUGGUACCGUACGAAGGAACGCGGGGGGCGGGUGGACUUCACGGCUGAGGAAAAUACGUCCUGCAUGUUGAACCGACCGCCGGGUUCGCCGGAUUUGGCUAUCCUGUCUUUUUGGGGAUGUUUCCAUGGUCGCGCCUUCGGAGCUUUAUCCACCACGCGGUCGAAACCUAUACACAAAAUGGAUUGCCCGGCCUUCGAUUGGCCCGUGGCCCCGUUCCCGAGAUACAAGUACCCACUUCAUGAAAAUAAAGCCUAUAACUGUGAGGAAGACCAAAGAUGCCUUGCCACCGUAGCGUGUAUCAUAGAAGAACGCCUAAAAUGCUGUAGGCCGGUGGCGGGCUUAGUUGUGGAGCCGAUACAAUCUGAGGGAGGAGACAACGAGGCGUCCCCGGAGUUCUUCCAGAGUCUUCAGCAGAUCUGCAAGCAAAUGGGAGUAGCUUUCAUCGUAGACGAGGUUCAAACAGGGUGCGGCCCGACGGGCAAGAUGUGGGGCCACGAACACUUCGACCUGCCCUCACCCCCGGACUUAGUCACAUUCAGUAAGAAAAUGCUCACGGGCGGGUUUUAUACGUCUUCGGAGUUCAAGCCUGCACAGGGUUACAGAAUUUUCAACACCUGGAGCGGAGACCCUGGAAAGUUGAUCCUUCUGGACCAAGUACUUCGUAUCAUUGAGCAAGAGCAGCUAUUAGUUAAUGUUCAGAAAACUGGAAAAGUAUUGAAAGAUGGUUUACAUGUACUCGAGAAAGAAUUUCCCAACGCAAUAGGAAGAGUGCGCGGGCGAGGCACGUUCUUAGCAUUCUGUUCCCCUAGUGCUGAAGUGAGGGACAAAAUUAAUAACAAUUUGAAGAAAAAUGGUGUUCUGAGCGGCAUGUGCGGAGAAAAGUCGAUCCGCCUGCGACCCGCGCUCAUCUUUCAGGAGAAACACGCUCACAUCUACUUGGAUAUCCUAAGAAAAACAUUGAAAGAACUUUAAAGUUUAAACGUGCUUGCUUUUUUUAAAUAUAUUUUCAAGCGAUCUUCGUAUAAUAAGUACUGUUUUUUUAUGCUGACGUAUUUUGUGAUAUUAUUUUUACUAUGUAUUGAUUUAAAAUUAGGGUUUCCGCGAUCGAAAUUUUCACUAGAUGGCAGCACCGUGACCAGGUCUUUUUGACAGCUGUUGUCAAAAUCCACCAAUGGCACCAAUAAAAAAAACAUGCUUAAACAUGAUUGGUGGAUUAUGACAGCUAGACCUCUCACCACUGUGCUGUCAUCUAGGGAAAAACGCGAUCCCGGAAACCCUCAUUAACUUGACAACCAUUCAUAUUUUUUACCGCUAGUUUUUAAUGUAAAGAAUGAUGUUUUGGUAACAAUCUAAAAGGUUUCAAGGCUUUGUC